UGCUCACCGGGAGCUUCCACCCCCCCCCCCCCCGUUGAUAUCUCUUCCAACGCGCCCUCGCUAGGGAACUUAGUUUUGUGUUCUUAACAGAGAUUUCGUCCCCAUUGCUGGGGCUGCGAAAAUAAAACUUAAAUUUUGGUGGGCUUUGCUAAGACAACUUGCUUUUCUCAUGAUAAUUGAUAUCCCACUUGUUUAGGCUUGCUUUGCUUCAUCUUCAUAGGCAGGGCAAGUCUGGAGAUUAGCUAAAGCCUUUCCUGGAAUGCCUCGGAUUCCAUUGUUUUUUAAGUGGAUUGUUCAUUCCCUCAGUUGGCAGAAUCUUCUUCCCCGUCCGAAUGGAAUUCAAGUCCAAGCAAGCAACCAAACGCACUUUUCAGGGUAAUCACGUUUCCAUUCCGGUAUUUACGGUGUUUUUUGACAUCAACCAAACGGGUGACCAAAGACUUUAUGAGCUCUCUAGUUGCGUCUCGGUUCAAAGGUUUCAACUGAACCUAUGGCUGUCUGGGCGACCUUUACGAGAAGGUUUUCUCUAAAGCACUUUCCACUUCCUCCUCGCACACUUGUCUCAUCAAAUCUCACAGCUACACCUCACCAUCUCUCUCAGGCUUUUUCUCAAACGGUUUCGCUACCGGCUCACUCCCUUAAACCUUCAUUCUCCUAUGUCUCUCAAGCUCUUAAAGACCCCAUCGACUUCAUUGCCGAUAAGUUCCAUUUCCAUGGGGACCCACGUAACCCAGUUCUACAGCAGUUCCUUGAAUUGCUCAGAAAGGUUGCUUAUAAUUCGUCAGAAGCAGAGGCUAUGUCCUUUCUCGAUGCAUCAGGUAUCAAAGCUAAUAGAGAUUUAAUUGGUUCGACUAUUUGGGAACUGAGGGAAGAGUGUAAAGCUGCUUUUUUGGCAUUUGAAUGGGGCAAGAAGUGGAAUUGCUACGAUGAAAAUGUUUAUCAAUUGAUGAUAUGGGUUUUGGGCCAUCAUCAAAAGUUUUCCACUGCGUGGGGUUUGAUUCAAGAUAUGCAUCGGUCUUCUCUGUGUAUACGGCAGGCUAUGCUUAUUAUGAUUGAGAGAUAUGCACUUGGAAAUGACUCGGCCAAGGCUAUCCAAACAUUCAACUUCAUGGAAAAGUUCAGAAUGACCCCUGAUCAGGAAGCAUUCCAUGCUUUUUUGCAUGCACUUUGUAAGCAUGGGCACAUUGAGGAGGCUGAAGUUAUGCUUCUGAAUAAGAAGCUCUUCCCACUUGAGACUGAGAGUUUCAACAUUAUUCUGAAUGGGUGGUGCAACAUAUCAGUAGAUCUAGUUGAAGCGAAGAGAGUUUGGAGAGAAAUGUCAAACUAUUGUAUAACACCCGAUGCUACCUCAUAUAGCCAUAUGAUUUCUUGCUUUUCAAGGACGGGAAAUCUUUUUGACUCGCUUAGACUUUAUGAUGGGAUGAAGAAAAGGGGUUGGAGCCCUGGGAUGGAGGUGUACAAUUCUUUAGUUUAUGUUUUGACUCACGAAAAUUGCUUGAAGGAAGCUCUGAAGAUGAUAGAUGAUAUGAAAAAAGGUGGCUUGCAGCCAGAUUCUGCCACCUUUAACUCAAUGAUACUGCCUCUUUGCAAGGAAAGAAAACUAGCGCAUGCAAGAAUCUUAUUAAAUACAAUGGUAGAGGAGAAUCUUAGACCAACAAUUGAAACCUUCCAUGCUUUUCUUGAGGGAACAGAUUAUCAAGGGACAUUGGAAUUUCUCAGUAGGAUGAAAAGUGCUAGUUUAGGACCUAAUGGCGACUCCUUUCUUAUACUUCUUGAAAAAUUCUUCAAGUUGGAGCAACCUCUAAAUGCAUUGAAAAUUUGGCAGGAAAUGAAAACUUUUGAAGUACUGCCCAGUUGUAUGCAUUAUAGAAGAAUGGUAGAAGGUCUUGUGACUUGUGGAUGGCUAGUUAAGGCCCGGGAAUUUCACAAGGAGAUGAUAUUAAAUGGAUGUUUGGAAGAUCCAAGGCUAAAGAAGCUCUUGCAGGGAGAAAUGCCUGAUAAUAGUGAUAAAGAUAAACAGCAUGUUAAAAUGACCCACUUUGGUAAAAGACCCAAUCAUUUGAAAAGCAAGAUGAAACGGAAGAAUCCAUGAGAGGCCCAAGAAAGAGGAGAAUCUCAAAACUUAGGACUGCAAUUACAAAAGCUACCACAGUUUAUCUUGUUAGUCAACCUUUUACCGUAGAGAAGACCAUAAGAUCAAUUACAUGAAGCAGGCUACUUUUUGCCCCUUCAUGAACGAGCAAUUCUUGCCUGCAUAUGAUACAUGCAUCCAAUGGUUGUGAUUGUGUUCGUAGAUGAAGAGUUCACACAAAGAGACAAGAAAUUUUCCAAAACCUGAGCCAACCUUUGAUUGUUUUGGUUUUCAUAUCAAGAGCAUGUUUACUGAGGAUAUGGGAUAGACUUAAGAGAGGUUGUUGUGUAUUUGACCCUCUUCUAAUAUUCUUUAUGGGUGAUAUGAAUGUAGACCCGAUCUUAUCAGGACAUUCUCUUUUUGCGAGCUUAUAUUUGCAAACAUAACAGGGAUAUAUUUGCUACUGA